UGCCUCAGUUAGGCUGCUGAUUAGCAACAAACAGAAGGUUACGAGUUUGGGAAAUUGCUAAAUGUGCCCGCCGGGUCGGCUUUGCGGUGACGGGAGCCGCUCGAACUGAUUCGGGUGUCUGUCCGGAGCUAGUUUGCUAGCUUUCGGGGGCGCGCGGUGGCGAUUUUGGUGACAUUUCGGGGCUGGCCGUUGGGAGAGCAGCCUCGCUCUUUUUUUUUUUUUUUUUUUUUUUUUUUUUUAGGUCGUUCAAGUGGCGAUGCUGAGCGGAGAGCUGCGUCAUCAUGUUGCUUCCGACUCGAGUUGGCAGAAAGAAAUCUCAAGUUAACGCCGGAGGUGAGGCUCGCCCGCCGUCAUCCAGCCCCGGAGGCCACUCCCGACCCCUCAAGUAGAUGGAAGCCGGACUCCCGAUGAGACGUUGGCGGUGAAGCCCGUUUUGCGCGGUCGCCGUGUGGACUUUACAUCACUUGGCUCGGCGGUGUUGGCGCGGUACUGUCUCCUGUCUGCAUUUGUUAUCCACACUCGGAUGGACAGCCACACAUUUCCAUUGAUCGGCGUCGGAAAUAAGACCGAUCGCGCUGAAAACGGGAUGUUUUGACGCCGUGCUCCGCGGGGAUGUCGGCCACAACUGUUCGGAUAGAGAGAAGUGAUGCUCUCGGUGACAGCUAGGAUACAAAGCAGGACCGUCCAGUGAAUCGCUGCUGAUCCCCACCUGACUGUUUACUCCAGCCAUCAUGACUGAUACUACAGUUUACCCCAAUCCGGUGCUCCUGUGAGUGAUCACGGGCCCGUCUCACGCCGUUAUUGGGGCGCAGGGGGUGUUUUUAGGGGGUCUGCUGUCACCUCAUCCACGUGGAUCUGGUUUCAGGUCGGGGGGUAAAGUUUGGCUCCCCGCCGCGACGCACAGGCGAUCCGGCGCCUCGGAAUAAGCGGACAGUGUUUGUCUACUUCAGAGGAAGUAGCAGUGGACUGUCUCAGAUUUGCAUCCUUUCAUCACUAUUUAAAAAAAAAAAAAAAUCAAAACGAUUAACAUGGCCGGUGACUGCACCCACAAUAGAGCGCGUUACGCGCACGCGGAGGCGUUUUGUCCAUCCAAACCUUGGACGGAUGGAGACAGAGAGCGACCCGGGGCCACGGAGGCUGUGGGGAACUCCAAAGGGCGUGGACAUCCCUCGCGGUGGUCGCCCAACUUUGAGGUGAUCGACGGGCUGCUGUACCGCAAGAAGCUGGAGAGGGGCUUCGUCAACUACCGGGAGGUGCUGAGCGAGGACCGGAGACAGGAGGCCAUCUCCAGCUUCCACCGGCGGAGACCCGGCCAGCGCCACUUCUCCCUGGAGGAGACCUACAGAUGUGUGGCUGAGAACUACUGGUGGGAAGGCAUGUACUUCCAGAUCAGAGACUUUGUCUUGGGCUGUGGAGAUUGCCAGAGUCAGCAAAACAAGAAAUCAGAGGAGCUGAGCGGCGGAGGAUGUGUCACAAAGACGAUGGCGUCGCACGGCGCCGACAUGCUGAGCAAGCUGAGGAGUCAGCGGGAGGCGGGGCUGUUCUGUGACAUCACCCUGCGGACCAACAGCCGCUCCUUCUCGGCCCACCGAGCCGUCCUGGCGGCCGUCAGCGAUCACUUUCAGGAGAUCUUCACGGAGAUGGACUCGAGCAUGAAAGCUGACAUAGAUCUCACCGGCUUCAGUGAGGAGAACCUCCUCUCGCUGCUGGAUUUCUCCUACUCCUCCACUCUGUGCGUUCGUCCGGAGGAGCUGCCCGAGGUCAUCGCCAUGGCUCGUCACCUGGGCAUGUGGCCCGCCGUGGAAGCCUGCUCCGCCCUGAUUAAAGAGCAGGAGCAGCAGCUCCGUCCGGGGAAAGGCUUCGCCCCAGCCUGCGCCGGCGCCUGCAGGGAGCGCCAUCACCAGCGAAAGGAAAGCAAAAGCAGACGAGUUCUGGAAUUCGAGGACGGCGUGAACAACGGCUUCAGCCUGACGUUGGACGCGUCGGACGAGUCCUUUGACGGGAGCCCCCGGCGCAACUUGCGCAGAGUGUCGAAACCUCAAGGUCACAAUGGCCUUCCUCUGAGUCCCUCGCACAGGAUGAAGCUCAUGGACUUCAAAUCUCCAUCCUCUAAAAAGGGCACGACGCCCCGCCACGCCGCCACUGCUGCACAGUCGCAGGAUUACUCACCCAUCUCCCGGUCGAACACCCGUCUCCUCCGUUCCACCCCGGGAGCCGCAAAGGAGGUCCGGAGAUUGCUGCCCAAGCCGGAGACUCCUCGGAAAAACAGAAAGUCUCACCCCAACACCCAGCUGCCACGCAUGUCCCGGUCCAGGCCCGGCGCCGUGUGCAGCCCUGUGAGGGUGAAGCAGGAAGCGGAGGGCGUCGGAGAGGAUGAGGAGGAUUACGCCAGAGCGCAGGAAAAGUACAAGUUGAUGCACGUGCUGGGCCUCCAGAGGACUGCGCUGCUCCCCAGACCAGAGGACCUGAUCGGAUGGAGGCAAAAGAAGCGGCUGAGGAAGCUGAAAGCCAACAACUACUCGCUGACCAAGCGGCGGAAACCCCGCCCGUCGUCGCCCGCCGGACCGUUCGGGGACGUCACUCUGUCCCUGCCGCUCUGCAACCCCAUCAACACUCGCCUCCUCAACAAGUCCGUGAAGAUCAAGGCCGUGGGUCCAGUCGGCGCCAAGCAGAUGGCGGCCAAGCGGCCGAAGCCCGCCCAGCAGCGCGUCCCCCCCAGCGACAGGAGCAUGCGGAGCAAAGGGCCGCUGCCCGACAUGUUCCAGCCCGCGUCCCGGCCCGUCUUCGGAGGGAGGAACCUCCGCCGGUCGGUGCGAGCGGCUGAGGGCGCCCACCUCCCAGCAGGCCCCCUGCAGCGCAAGCCCAGCAAGAGGAAAGAGGAGAAACGCAGUCAGGAUCAAAACGGAACCGGAGGAAUACUGCAUCUCACACCUCCAUCUUUCUUCAAACAAUUACCACGAGCACAUUACCCACAAGCCCCCGGCUCGAAGUAAGGGGGAGGCGGUCAAAACGCCACGGUAUAACAGCAGCAGACCGGCGGCAAAGGCCAGACUCCGGCAAAGACUUCACACGGGAGGCGGAGAAGACCAGUGUAAGAACCGACCGGAGGGAGGAAGGCGGCGGCGGAGGCCCGGCCCAAAAUGAAGGAUCGAGAACCCAGUGAGGUCCAGUUCUCAGAACAACGCUCCUCCGUCCUCCCUCUACAAACCACCCUCUCUACAAAGUCAUCAAAGAGGAGCCGGCGGACCCCGGGCCGGUCGGCGGCGCCUUCCCCGAUCCUCCGUCCCCCGACCUGGGGAAACGCCAGAGCAAGCCCCCAUCAGCUGCUGGACUCCGGCUUCCUGUUUCACCUUCUGCCGACCCACCGGGGGACCCAUGGCCGGGCUGAAGAAAGGAGGAGGAGAGCGUGGAUAUCUGCCUGACGGCGCGCGUGUCUGCAAGUCGGGGAGAAAUUUGGAGCGGAGGAUUCCCCGCACAGGACGCUGAGAGCCAGAUGACCGGCCGUCCUGCCCGUGAUGAGAGGAGGGGAGACGAGAGGAGAGCGAGCCGGAGCCAGGCGCAGAGAUCCCGGCCAAACGCUCCAAACACGACGCUGCACCUGGCCAAAUGCGCCAUCCUCAAAGCCUGCAAAGACAAU